AUGGUCGGAGAAAAGCUCAACGUUGCCGUCGCCGGACUCGGCCGCAUGGGCCUGCGACACGCCAGACACUUUGCGACCCUGACGCCAAAGGCUGACCUCAUCGCCGUCAGCUCGCCGGUCCAGGCCGAGCUCGAUGCCGCCGUCGCAGAGUUUGGUCCCCUGCGGACAUACCUCGACUAUGAUGAGAUGUUGCGCAAGGAGUCGACGCUGCAGGCCGUGAUUGUCGCCAGCGCUACCACAGUACACGCCGAGCAAGCCAUUAAGGCUAUCGAGAAGGGCCUCCACGUCCUAUGCGAGAAGCCUCUUAGCACAAGCGUCGAUAUCUCACAAUCCGUCGUUACAGCCUAUGACAAGUCCCUCAUCAAGAACCCCAGCCAAAAGGUCAUCUGCGGUUUCUCACGCCGAUUCGACACAUCCUACCGAGACGCCUUCACACGAGUGGCCCGCGGCGACAUCGGUGCGCCCUCCGUCUUCCGAUCGCAAACCUGCGAUAAGCUCGACCCCUCCGGUUUCUUCGUCGACUACGCCGAGUUCAGCGGUGGCAUCUUUGUCGACUGCUCUAUCCAUGACAUUGACCUGGCGCUUUGGUUCUUUGGCGAAGACAGCAUUGUGAAGAGUGUGUCUGCCAUUGGUAUCACAGCCGUGCAGGAGGGUCUGAGGAAGCACAACGACAGAGACAACGCUGUCGCCGUUGUCGAGUUCUACGGUGGAAAGAUUGCACAGCUCUUCUGUUCACGCAUGAUGGCCGCCGGUCAAGAGGACACGACCGAAAUCUUUGGCACAAGCGGCAAGGUCGCCGUCAACACGCAGCCGCAGCUGAACCUCGUCAACCUCUACGAGCCCACGGGUAUUCGUCGUGAGAUCCCUCCCGACUACUACGGCCGCUUCCGCGAGGCCUUCAUCACCGAGGCCAACGAGUUCACCGCUUGCUGUUUGAACAACACCGAGCCGCCCAUGAAGCUGGUCGGCGCCGUCAAUGCAGUCAAGAUCGGCUGCGCGCUGCAAGAGAGUUUGAUCACCGGCAAGAAGAUUGAUUUUGACGAGUCUGGCAAGCGCAUUGAGAAUGCUAGGUUGUAG